UACCGACCGAGGGGCAAAAAAAAUCCCUUUUGGUAGGUUAAUCUCUUAGUAUCCUAAAAUAGACAUUCACAUCGAUGACGAGAUUUGCAACAAAUUGGAAAGAGCGAAAGAGCGAAAUAACAUCUCUUUAGAUCCAUGGCGAAAGCCUACCGCGACUAGUAAAAGACGUAUAUAUGAUGGAAAGAGCAUAUUGCUCAAUUAGUGAUUUCAUUUAGUUGAAAUUAUUAUUCAGUCGCCAAUCAUCGUCAACUUCUUUCUUUUAACACCAAUUGCUCAAAUCAACUUUUAACCACCGAAUACGUACGACACGCCCAAUUGAUGUCGAUGACCUCUACACGAUGCCUCCCCCGACAACAGUCAAGUCGAUAACCCCUCGUCGAAAACAAACCAAACUAAACUUCGGCCCCUCGGCGAAUGGCAAGGGCGCAAACGCAAAGACGCCGUCCGCGAAGAAGCCAAAUGGAAACAUUCUUAAUUUCUUCCAGAAGGUCGAAAUAGAGGAACAGUUGUUUUGUGCUGGUCCUGUGGAUAAAUUGGCCCCCCAACCGAAUAGUACGGUGCCCUCUCCGCCGAAAGACGACGAGGAUCUGUUCGGGGACAAUGAUAUUGACAAAGAUGCCGCGAACGAAACGAGAUCGCCGAAGCGGAGGAAGUUGAGUCACAAUAACGACGAUAUUGUACCGCAUAGCUUGGAGGAUGUGCGCAGUGAUGGGCCGGAGCAGGCAAGGUCAUCGCCGCCGGGACGGACGCGAACGAAGCCAGCUCGAGGGAGGGUUCCGUUUUUGAUUGAUUCCGACAGCGAAGAUGACGAGGUGGAAACCUCGCCAUUGAAGGACGGCAUGGAUGACGAAACACAUGCUACUUUAGCAGAGGUUGAGAAUAUAAUAGAAAAAUCAGAAGUCGUUCCCGUGCCCAAGUUACCCGUCGACGAAAGUUGCCCGGAAAUACCUGAAAUCCCGCCGUUGAACCAAGAAGAAUCCAUUUACGAAGAAUUCAGAGAUCUCGAGGAUAUGGAGGGACUCUUCGGAGACGUCGACGAGUUUGACGAUGGCGAAGAAUUUCGGGAAAGGCGUUACAUGGAAGAGCAAGCGAGGCUCGAAGCCGAGGAAGCAGGAAACUAUACUUCUGAUGGAAUGGCUGACGAGUUUAAUGCUGUCGAAGGAAUCGUAGAAAGUUGCCCGCUGUGCAAUGCUAGUCUAACUGGUCUCUCUUCCGACCAAGCAGCAGUUCAUGUGAACGCUUGUUUAGACGGUAACCCAUUACCCCUUCCAAAGACGGGAGAGCCGCCGCCGCCUGAUACAGUCGAUGCUCCAGAAAUCAGUAAGCGCUUCGCAAAGGCCGCCGUACCACGACCCGGCCAAGCCAAUCCUAUCAAGCUAGGGAACACGGCAAGCCAGCCAACCUCAGCCUUCAGCAAGUUGAUGUCAGGACAUGCGGAGGAUGCGGCGUGGGCUUCCGCCGCUGCUGCCGAAAAUGCGUCCCGAGGGAAACCUGCGUAUAAACGGACAUGUCCUUUUUACAAGAUCAUGCCCGGGCUUUCCAUCUGCGUCGAUGCGUUUCGGUAUGGCGCCGUAAAAGACUGCAAUGCUUAUUUCCUCAGUCAUUUCCACAGUGAUCACUAUAUCGGCUUAACGGCCAAUUGGUCCCACGGGCCUAUUUACUGCAGCAAAGUAACAGGAAGUCUUGUCAAAAGCCAACUCCGGACUGCGGCGAAAUGGGUCAAGGAGCUUGAGUUCGAAGAGACGGUUGAGGUUCCCGGGACCGAAGGAGUAACGGUCACUAUGAUACCAGCCAACCACUGUCCGGGCAGUUCAUUAUUCCUGUUCGAGAAGACGAUCGGGAAAGGGCCCAGAAAGCAGCGAAUUCUUCACUGCGGCGAUUUUCGAGCUUGCCAAGCACAUAUCAGUCAUUCACUGCUAAGGCCCGAUAUAGUUGAUACCAUCUCGGGCAAAAUAAAGCAGCAAAAGAUCGAUGUCUGUUACUUAGACACUACAUACCUUAAUCCUCGCUAUUCUUUCCCUCCGCAAGACGAUGUUAUCUCAGCUUGUGCCGAAUUCUGCAAAUCAAUAUCUGGAGACCCGGACGGAGUCUUGAAUGGGUUAUCGCAUGAGAAGGGCGCAGUUAGCAAGUUCUUCCAUAAGAUAGGGGAGAACAGUUCCUCAUCUGCCAUCGCCAAAGCCGAGGGUAAGACUCGGAAGAACCGGCUCCUUAUAAUCUGCGGCACGUACUCCAUUGGCAAGGAGCGCAUAUGCAAGGCCAUCGCGCAAGCACUAGGGACCAAGAUCUUCGCGUCGCCGGCCAAGAUCAAGAUUUGCAAGCAGCUAGGCGACCCGGAACUCGCGGCGCUCAUGACGUCCAACCCGUUCGAGGCUCAGGUCCACAUGCAGUCGCUAGCGGAGAUCCGCGCGGAGACGCUCCAGGAGUACCUCAACGGCUACAAGGGCCACUUCGACCGCAUCAUCGGCUUCCGUCCCAGCGGCUGGAAUUACAGGGGAGGCGCCAGCACGGCCAAGAACGUUCCCGCCAACACGUCGCCCAUGAGCGUGCCGACGACGGGGAUCCUGCACGGGCCGGCGUGGCGGACGCGGUUCUCGAGCAAGGACCUGGUGGCCCAGAGGGGCAGCACGAGCCAGGCCAUGUGCUUCGGCGUGCCGUACUCGGAGCACAGCAGCUUCCGCGAGCUGGCGCUGUUCCUGAUGACGCUGCGGAUCGAGAAGGUGGUGCCCACGGUCAACGUGGGCAGCGAGCCUAGUCGCAGGAGGAUGAAGGGGUGGAUAGACCGCUGGCUGGCGGAGCGGAGGAAAGGGGGUGUUGUGAGGGUGCUUGAGGGGGAGAAUGAGGGUGAGGGUGUGGGUGAGAAAGAGCUUUGGGAAGGUAAGGAUGGGAGGGGUGGGGGUGUUUGGUGGUAGGGUAGGAUAUUGGGUAUGGCGUGCUGUGUUUAGAAGAAUGGGGCUUGGGAUAGAGUUCUAAGUGCUCGGUAUAUAUCGUUGCAUGAGCUGUCUAUAUAAGAUUUUAUGAAC